AUGAGGGGCUUCCGCUUUGCGCUGGUCCGUGCGGCGCGGUCGCGGUCGCGGGAGGAGCUCCACACCGUGCAGCGCCGCCGGCCGUCGGAUCUCGCCCAACGUUUUUCGCACUCCGCGUCGGCGCCGGCGAGGCCAUCCUUCGGCAUCGCGUUCGACAUCGAUGGGGUCAUCCUGCGCGGCCGAAGCCCGAUCGGGGGCGCGCCGCGGGCCAUCCGCCGCCUCUAUUCCGAAGAAGGUACCCUGAAGAUUCCGUUUCUGUUUUUAACUAACGGAGGAGGUGUUCCGGAGCAUAGAAGGGCCCUUGAGCUAAGCCAACUUUUAGGAGUCAACAUUUCUCCAAAGCAGGUUGUGCAUGGCCAUUCUCCUUACAGAGAGCUGGUGAAGCGUUUCGAAGAUGACCUUAUUGUUGCUGUUGGAAAAGGAGAGCCUGCAGUAGUGAUGUCCGAGUACGGAUUUAGAAAAGUUCUGUCCAUAGAUGAAUAUGCAUCAUAUUAUAAAGAUAUUGACCCCCUGGCUCCUUUCAAGACUUGGAAAGUUGGGCAAACAGACAGUUACAUGUCUGCGAAAAUGCACCCAUCAUAUGAUGUUUAUUCAGAGCGAGUUAAAGGAGUGUUUGUUGUCAGUGAUCCUGUUGAUUGGGGAAGAGAUCUACAGGUACUCUGUGACAUCUUGUCUACUGGUGGACUUCCUGGGACUGAAAAAGGGGAUCAACCUCCUUUGUAUUUUGCAGCUGAUGAUCUUGAAUACCAGGCUGCAUUUCCUUCUGAGCGGCUUGGCAUGGGUGCCUUCAGGAUAGCUUUGGAAAGCAUCUUCAAUCAAAUAAAUGAUCAUCCACUGAAGUAUACAUCUUAUGGGAAACCUAAUCCAUUUGUGUUCAAGAAUGCAGCAAACAUACUUGAAAAACUUGUUCUGAGUACGUAUCCUAAUUCACAGACAUCAAUGGAAGUAAAAGAUUGUCAGUUUUCAACUAUCUACAUGGUUGGCGAUAAUCCUAAAGUGGAUAUUAAUGGAGCUAUGAAGGCUGGCCACCCAUGGUCAUCUGUUCUUACAAGGACGGGUGUUUUUAGGGGAAAAGAUAACGACCCACAGUUUCCUGCAGAUGCGGUUGUUGAUACUGUUGAAGAUGCCAUCAACUAUAUUCUGGAGAAGGAAUGUGUACAGUGA